AAUAGUCAAUUCAAUUAGUCAAUGGGUGCACAUAGUUGAAUCAUCUGUCAUUACUAAUAUUAUCUUAACAUAUCGGAGAAUUAUGCUGUUCUAUUUUAUACAUCAUAAAUAAUAAGAUAAUAUUAUGAUUGUUUUGACUUUUAAAUGCUAUGAAUUACGAUUGAAUUGAAUUUAGAGAUAAAAUUCCAAAAUAUUAAUCACGUAUACCGUUAAUUGCGUAGUUAUUUUCUUAGUGAUAUUGUAAUUUGUAAUCGUUAAUCACAAUAGUACAAUACUGCAUUAUUAUUGAGUUUGAUUUGUUUUUAUAUUAUUGUAUUUCACAUUAAAAUUUCAUCAAUUGCUAUCAGAUUCAAAUACCAAUAAAUACUAGUCGGAUAGUACUCGCAUUGUACGGAGUUCCGUGUAGAUUUGUUUAACUAUUUAAUCAACUUUAAUACAAACAAUUAUUUUAGUUACAAAUUUCGGGUAAAAUAAUUUUGAAUAUUCAAAUCAUGACAUCAACUAACACAUUGGAGGAUAACAUCAAAAUGUUACAUCAAUAUAUUGAACAUUUUCCAGACUUCCCUAAACCAGGAAUUAUGUAUAAGGAAAUAUUAUCAGUGUUAAAUCAUGGUGAUGGAAUACAAUUGUUGGAAAAAAUAUUGAAACAAAUUUCUAAUCAUCUGCGUGGUAAAGUUGACUGUAUAGCAAUGUUGGAGACUCGUGGUUUUAUUUUUGGUCCAAUACUUUCUUUACAUCUUAAUGUACCAUGCAUACCAGUCAGUAAAAAGGGAAAUUUACCAGGCCCUGUCGUUGAGUUACCAUAUAUUUUGGAGUAUGGAGAAGAUAUUUUGACUGUACAAUUAAAUAGCAUUAAAAAAGGACAGAAGAUAUUUAUAGUGGAUGACUUUCUUGCAACUGGAGGUACAUUAAAAGCUGCUUCAAAAUUAAUUAAAAAAGCAGGCGGAGAAAUCGUACAAGGAUUAGUAUUAAUGGAAAAGUGUGAAUUAGAAGGACGUAAAAGAUUAGAUUUUCCAAUAAUAUCAUUAAUAUCUGAUUAAUUGUUUGCUGGCAACAAAUAAACUAUUUUUUUUUGUAUUUUAAUAAUAUUGUAGUAUUAUAAAUAACUAUUAUUAAAUUAUUAUUUUAUAUAUAAA